CUAAGUUUCCACGUGGCGAUCCAAGCGGCAGGCCAAGGCAUAUCUAUAUUUGUAUAUAAUACUCCCACAGAUCUCUUAAUUUCCCUGCAAAUUAACAGCGAGUACGUAGUGAUGAAGAACACAAGCAGGAGGAAACUAGCCCCGGGGACUAAUCAAGGACGACAGAUCAAGGAGACAGAUCCUCCUCCUCCUCCUGAUCAAGAUCUUAUUCUCUUCCAGGAAUUGCACAAGCGCGAAAAGGAUCGGAAUAUUGUCACCCUCCUCCAGCCUGUUUCUGAAGAGUUUGAGCCAAAUGGAAACCAUCAGCUCUACAGAAUUGCUUCUACCAAAAAAGGAUCAGGAUUUGAAUUUCUUGCUGAAAGAGAGAAGAAUGAUUAUGAUUGGUUGAAAACUCCACCGGCAACUCCUCUUUUUCCAUCCCUAGAAAUGGAUGCAAACAGCCCCAAAUUCAUUAUCCAACGGGAAAUACCAAUUAUCCAACCUCUUUCACGGUUUGCAGUUGUCACUAAUAGCAAACCAGAGGCGGCAGAUAAGCAAAGCUUUGGAAGACCAAAAUUUGGGAACCUAAAAUCAAAACUCCCCCUCAGGUCCGUCACGCCAAGAACUCAGAGACAAAGCACAGUAUUAUCAAGUUCAACAAAUCAAACCAAAAUCAUCAAAGAUGUUGCAGUAAUUCGGACAGAUGUGCCAGUUUUGAACAAGCAGACAGCAAGAAAAUCAGCAACUGAUCAUAAUGACAUGAUCAUCACAAGGAAAACGAAGCCUACAACAACUAGUAGAAGUCCGGUCAUGUACCCUCAGAUUCCCCUUGUGAGAUCAACAAAUAAUAUUCCAGCUGGCUUUUCUAAUGAGAAAUCGCCUAAUCUGAGGACAGAGCGACACUUAGUAUCUGCUGCACCGGAUCGAUCAGCCCUGGGCAAGUCAACUGCAUCACCUGUAAGAACUCGCCCGCGUAUGACAGUAGCUGAACUGGGGAGGCCGCAAUCAUGUUCAUCGAUUGCAAGUAUUUCUAAAGGUCGGAAAGUAGCCAGUAGUAGUGUUGAAGGGAACAUGCAGCUAGGUUUCAAACACUGUCAUGUCAAAGAAGGCGAUUUGUUCCACACCAAUACUCCAAAGGGGAUAAUAAGUAAUAAACACGGAAACAGGGGGCAAGUUCUAGGGAGUAAGAUGGUACAGAGAUUCAUGAGUGCGAGAUCUAAAGUAGUUAAUCUUGAAGAAAAAGGCAAGAAUCGGUUUUCGCUUAAUGAUACCUCUGAAUUUGGAAGAAGGAUUCCUAAGAAUUCAACGGAUGCCGUGUAACUUUUAAACAUACGGUAUGGUUCUUAAUUAGAGUUUGAAGUUGGUAUUCAUUAUGAAAACAAUGCUGUACUAAGGCCUAUGUUCCUUCAUCACUUGCUUAAAGU